UAUAAGACAGUGAGAGUCAGAUGAACUCAGUCAGAUGUACGCAGAGCCUCACAACUGAAGGAAAGGUGAAAUACCCAAACCUGAAGAAUGAGAGUGAGCUGAACCGACAGUAAACACUAAAGCUGUUAGGAGUCCAUAACAAGUGCAAUGGAGGAUCAAAUCAUGCUUGAGAGAGAGAUCAGACAGGAAUUUGAGCGUAUAAUAGCAGAGAUGGAGUGGGGAGAGGUGCUCUCAACUCUUAACGACAUGUUAGGAGACAUGCUGACUCCUGCCCAACUUGCUGAGCUACAGCACAACACCACUCAGCCAGCAGAGAGUCAGGUUGGAGGUUAUGACAAGCAUGCCACUGUACAGCCAGUUCCCCUAUACAGUGAGGCAGGUGCCUCUAGCCAGGAACAGUAUAAUAAUCCACCAGUGGUGAGACUGCCUAAAGGUUUAGGGCAUAACCUGCGCUGUGAUGGCAAAUUGAAUGACCAGCUUCCACCAGAGGCUCUUGCUCCUCCUGGCUAUGCCCCCCCUGCACCACCCACCUUCACCUUUAAAAGGCGUGAAGUCAAGCAGGAGGAUGACCAGCAGUACAUAAAGAAGCCUCCAAAUGCCUUUAUGCUCUUUUUAAAAGAGCAGAGGCCAAAUUUUGAGGCUGAAGUGCGGAUCAGAGGGAGUGCGGCUGUGAACGCCACCCUGGGACAGAGGUGGAAGUCUCUGACAGUUGAGGAGAAGGACAAAUACUACAAACAGGCCCAAAAAGAAAAAGACCUUCACGCCCAGCAACACCCCGAAUGGACAAACAAGAACAACUAUGGCAAAAAGAAGAAGAGGGUGAGAUGCCAGAGAAAUGCUUCCACAGCUGAAGCAUCUGCAUUCAGGCCAGAGGACAAGAGGUUGAUCAUGGCUCCACACACACUGGCAGGUGCGAUGAACAUUCCACACCUGCAGACAGGUGUGAUUGGAGCCAGGCCGCAGCACCGUCGUCCUGCAGCUGCCACCACCCUGGAUUCCAGUGGCUGCCCCUCUACAUCUGUUGUACCAUCCACAGAUGUAUAAGGUCUCUUCUUCCUGGCAAAAUGUCUUCCCUGUUACACCCAAAAAUGUCCAGUAAUGGAGCAGCUUGAAGCAUCUGUUUUUGUUUAACACAGUGUUCAUUAAAAAAUGUUUUUAAAUCAA